UAGGAAGGGGUGUUUUGUGUAAUGUAAUUCUUGUGCAAAAAGUUAAAUAAAAAAGAAAAUGCAGGAAGACGUUGAUAAUGAUCCAGGUGGUACUGUAUCACCUACAUCCGGAGACAACAUAUGCUCAGGUUGCCUGAAUCCUCUAGACGAUGAAGAAUUUAUACAGGCAUUGGGUCAAGAAUGGCAUAUGGAUUGUUUCAGAUGUUCUGCCUGUGAUGCUGCCUUGUCAAACUGGUAUUUUGAAAAAGAUGGCUUAUUGUUCUGUAAAGAUGAUUAUUGGGCGAGAUAUGGUGAAGCAUGUCAACAAUGCAGUCAGAUUAUUACUGGUCCAGUCAUGGUUGCCGGCGAGCACAAAUUCCAUCCGGAAUGCUUUUGCUGCGGCUCAUGCAGUGCUUUUAUCGGAGAUGGAGACUCUUAUGCCUUGGUCGAAAGAUCUAAAUUAUAUUGUGGCCAAUGCUACAAAAGGCAGAUGCAGCCGUUGCAAAAAACAGCAGGAUUUCCUUUUAUUAGAAAACCCCACUCUAUUAGAUUGGUCGAAAUGCCAGCCGGUGGCCAAGAAGGUAUCAAAUUGUCCAGAGAUGUAAUGCUUUCUGAAAAUAGUCAGUGCUUUACUAUUUCUGCGUUGUUGUGGAAACUACAUGGGAAGCUUCUGCAGGUCGCUUUUGCCUUAUUAACAUCAGCUUUUAACUUCUGCUGCUUUAAGAAACCUUUUCAUAGAUUAGAUGUUAACAAUGACUUAAUGUCGCUUCAUAUUGGCGACAAAAUAUUGGAAAUCAAUGGAAUGCCUGUAAGAGAUACUCCUUUGGAAAAUGUCGAGAAUCUCUUGAGAUAUUCUGAUUCUGUUUUACAACUAACAAUUGAACAUGAUCCAGAGUCAAUUUCUCGUAAAAUUUCGCAACUGUCGUCACUUUCAACCACCAAUAGUAGCCCGCUUACUACAACGAAAAGUGACACAAACAUUCCUACUAAGCGCAACAUGGAUGUCAAGUCUUUUGGCUCCGACGAUUCACUUAAUAAUGAGACCAGCAGGAGCAUUGAAAAUAUUAUUUGUGCAGAACCUGAAGCUAAGAAGAGCAACAAUAACAGAGGGGAAAAUAAGGAGAGGUUGUACAAAAGAAAGGAUGAAGGUUACAUGAGUGGCACCAGAUCCAGACAGUUGCGAAGGAAAAAUCAUUUGGCUGAAAAAGAUCAGAGUUUGGAUAAGGAGAGGAGUUCUUCAAUGAGUAGGCUGUUGGAUGAGGCUCCAAAUUCAAAAAGAUGUUUAGAAUUGUCCAGAGCAUACUCGUUUCUAGAGUCUCGACCGCCUCAAAGAGUUUUUAGAGCUUCGGAUUUGGUAAAAGGAGAACUUUUGGGUCAAGGGUUUUUUGGUCAAGUUUUCAAAGUUACUACUAAAGAUACUUCUGAAGUUAUGGUGCUUAAAGAGUUGUAUAGGGUUGAUGAAGAGGCUCAGAAAAAUUUUCUUAAAGAGGUUGCAGUGUUGAGAUCCUUGCAUCACAGCAACGUUCUUCGCUUUAUCGGUGUCCUUUAUAAGGAACAGAAACUGCAUCUUGUUACUGAAUAUAUUUCUGGUGGUACCUUGACUGAGCUGCUUCAAGACUCUGCACAACCCUUACCCUGGGAACAAAGGGUCUCAUUUGCCAAAGAUAUUGCCGCCGGAAUGGCCUAUUUGCAUUCAAUGAAUAUUAUUCAUAGGGACCUCAAUUCUCAUAAUUGUUUGGUGAGAGACGAUAAAACUGUGAUAGUAGCCGACUUUGGCUUAGCCAGAAUAAUUUCACAUGCUACAAAUAGUAUUAGAAGAUCUCCUAAAGGUACACCAGGUUUGAAAAGUAGACAGGAACGAAAAAAACGAUACACCGUGGUGGGAAAUCCUUAUUGGAUGGCCCCUGAAAUGAUGAAAGGAAACAAAUACGAUGAAAAAGUGGACAUAUUCAGUUUUGGCAUUGUAUUAUGUGAGAUUAUUGGCAGGGUACAAGCUGACCCAGACUUUUUGCCUAGGUCCAACGAUUUUGGCUUGAAUCAGAUGGUUUUUAAGGAAAAGUUCUGUCAAAAUUGUCCUGAACCUUUUUACAAGAUUGUUUUUUUAUGUACCGAUUUAAAUCCAGAUAAAAGGUACUAUCUAAACGACGAUAUUUUGAAUUUAUUGAUGCAUUGUUUUCCAAUUAGGCCUCCUUUUGAAGUCAUGGAAGUUUGGCUCGAAUCACUCUCGAUGCACAUAGCUGUAGGUAUGCCUCUGCCACCUGAUUUACUGUUUGACAUCCAGCAUUAUCGAGGUCUAAGUCCAAGUAGUUCAGGAAGUACGACUCCUGAAGGAAUUCCAUCGGGCCACAGAAGUCCAGCAUUGGAACCCAUAACCGAAGGACGACCAGCAAACUUGUCCAAAAAAUCUCAACCGAAAAUUUUGGAUUCCAUUAGCAAACCCCUUAUUAGAGUAUCCCCUGCUGAAAAUAUACCUCAUAAAGUUGAAAAACUAGUGAAGCCUAUUAUAAAAGUAUCUAGCGCUGACAGUUCAGAUGCAAUUACUGAAAAUAAACAUUCCAAUAGCCUAAUAGAUAAAAUUAUUGAAGAUAGUAAUGCUAAUAUGCCUUGUAGAACUUAUGAAAAUUUAGACUUCCUAAAAAACGAUAAAAUAUUUAGUAAAGACGCGCAAAAAUCAAUUUGUGUUAAAAAUCUUGCAAGUUCAACGAUAAAAUCCAUUGAAAAACCUCAAAAACUAAACACCAGCAAAGACAAUAACUUGAAAGAACAUACUUUUGAUGUAACUUUGAGACAAGUACCUAAAAAUUUUACUAGAAAUCGUUUCAUUAGGGAUCUUGCAGGACAAACACCAGUUUUAUUAGCGAAACAAAGCAAUACUCCUCAAGAAAAAGUUAGCAAUUUAAGUUUGGACAGCAUCAACGCCAAACAUUCCCCUGUAACUGAAAAAUUUGUCAAACAAUCAAAUUUAGGUACCAAAAAAAACAGACCAGACUUACACUCGGCUGCUUUAGUAUUUCAAGCCAAUAAAACACCAUUUAGCACCACUUUGUUUCCUUCAGAACACAAAGACAUUUCCAGAAAUCUUCCAGAAAGGUGUAGUAUGUCCAGACGCAGAUACACUCGGGACUCUGAAGAUAGUCAUGUACCUAAAAGAACCCCCUUAUUACAAAGAAAAGCUGCUUCUUAUAAAUCGGAUGAGAUUCAACAAGAGCCUUCCGGAAUUUUAGCCAAGGUUCUUAGAAAAACUCCAAUUUUUGAACGGAAAAGUUUCAAGCCUCCCCAAGAAACUCCUCAAUGCGCGCCGUCUACGAGUAUGUUUAAAGCAUCAGGAUCUAAUAUGGUUAGGAGUAUUGUAGAUAGUUUAAAUAGAAAAAGUGGAGGGUUGAGUUUUGGAAAUAGAGGAAAUUAUGGAAGGAGUUCUUUGAAAGUGAUUGGUAGCCCCAAGGUUAAUUUGAAGGGGGUUAGGGGAAGUUUGGAUAGUGAAUUUACUGCUCUCUAAUUCACGAUGAUUGAUUUAAGAGCUGGUUUCUCUAAUAAUAACCCUUAGGUAAAUAACAUUCAAUAAUUGAUUGGGUGUUCCAUUUUUGUGUAUGGCUACCAGAGAUGAAGGCUGUAGUUUUUAUAUUAUCGUGCCACUUUUGUGCUUGAGAUGAAUCUGUAUAUCAAUGUUGAAAAAACCUCUACUUUUGAAUUGUGAUUUGCUAUGGUCCAGCCCAUUUGAUGCAGUCCUCAUUAUGGCAUAGCAUGCAGGAUAAUACUCUUUCUAGAUAUAUGUAUAUUUCUGUUGCAUUGUUUUAAGAAAUAUGAUAAAAAUAUUUUACAAUAAUUGAAAAUGUGCUUUUUAUAGUACCUAGUGAUCACUGUUUUAUUAAACUAGCGUUAUUUUGAGUCGCGCCAAUUAGAAAAUUUGCAAAGUGAAAAAAAUUAUUAAAAUAUAGGAAUAAUUAUUAAUCCAUGUCAAUGAAAAUAGAUACAAAGUUUCUAUUGAUUAAACCAUCUAAAUAAUUAAGUAUUGUAGUUUAGUCUGACUAAACAAUUUAACUAAUUUACUACUGUGAUAAAUUAAGUAUUUUUAUACAAAAAAUGUGUUAUUUUAAAUACCGCCACUGAUAUUAACCUAAAUGAAUUAAAUAGUUUUUUUUUGUUGAUUUCUAUUACACAGAUUUAUUACAUAAUUUUGUUAUUUUACAGAUUGUCAUCUUUUAUUUUUAACAUAGAUGAUAUUUGACCUAAUAGGUACUUUAGCAGCAACGAACAAUGGAGGAUAUUUAUCUAUGAGCAUCAUCCUUUAUGAGAACAAAGUAAAGAUUAUAAUAUUAUUUGUUUUUGAAAAGUUGUUUGCUGAGAGCAACAUUUUUUUUGUUGCUGGACAAAUAUUCUCCAUUGCUGUUCCACAUUUUAGAAUUACCUACAUAAAAAUUAAUAUUUUCUUAGCAUAGAUGACUAGUUUAUUUAACUAAUAUCCUUCACAAAAUUGUAUUUUGAGAAUCUCAAAACUGCUCUUUAGACUGCUUUAUACUGCUUUUCCAAAAAAAAAAAAAUUAAUCUUUACUAAAUGUUAUAUGGUACCUAUCUUAUAGUGUAAUGUUAAUUAUGUUCCACCUCUAAAAGCUUUAUAGGUACAACCAUAUUUUUCUUUUUUAUAUUUUUUUAUACAAUUCUUUUUCCUCUAUUCUUAAUAAUGUAGAUGAAAU